UACACGCCGCCGGUCGGCACGGCGACAGCGGUUCAGUAAUCAGCCGGCCACCGACCACGACGGUCGUGUCCCGUGUGUGUGUUAUCGUGCGCGUCAUAUCGUAUCGUGUGUGCAGCGUGCGUGCGAUGAAGUCUUGUGAGACGUCGGCCGUCGCCGUCAGCCAACUCGUCCGAUGACCGAUCGCUAACCGUUACGUCGCCUCGCCAUGCCGUUCGUACAACGCGCCGUCGGCCCGGUACACCUGAGCCGGGUGAAGCUACACGACGAACACGGAGCGCCCAUAAUCCGGGACCGCGAGCUGGACGCCGUCACCAACUGCGCGCUGAGCAAUGCACUUCGGCAGAUGGCCUCGGUGGCCGCACUCGCCGACGAGGUGUUCCGCGAGCUCCGAGACCAACUGGCCGACGUGGCCACCAGAUCGGCGGGCCUCAAGCGUCGCGUCCAAGCCCUCGGCCACUUGGUCGACAACGCCGACCCCAAAGCCGUCACAGUCCCUGAAAGUGACCUGACAACGUUCAGUCUGAAAACAGAACAUUUUAAGAGUAAGCAAGUAGAGAACAAGAAUUUAUUGUUGGCAGAAAAUAGACCUAUUUGGGUUAAAAGACUCUACGAUCAAGCUGGAGUACCGAGUAAAGUAUAUGCCAAUAAACCUCACGUCCAUAGAUUAUCGAGGAGGAAACGAUCACUGGACGACAUUCUUUUACCUGACGACAUAGAACUUAGAAAGCCUGCGGCAAUCACCAAUCUCCGACCAUGGACGUCGGAAGAAGUUCUCGGAGAUAUAACCGUGGCUCCUGAUUGUUCAUCGAGGAUACCUAGAGAUCCAAGUCCGGUUUCAGAAGAUCAAAUUGACCACAAAUUGCCCUCACCUGAAGAACAGCAACAGGUCAUCGCACUUAAAUUCCCACCGCAAAUAGUCGAAGUUGACGUAUCCGGCAGGAGUUUUAACCGAAUGAGCGCGCUUAGAAGAUCUCUGCAGAACGUUGAAUACGAAACGUCUGUUAGACGACGAAAGAGCAAGAGGCCCAGAGGCAAGAGGAGGAAUACGAUUGCUGGAACUGAUCAAAAAGAAUUAGAAGCUGUUAUUGGUUCUUUAUCUGAUAGUAAUAAAGAUUCUGAUGACAUCGUGUCCAGCAGCACGACCGUUGUAGUGACCGAGAAAAAGUCAAACCUUGAUAUGUUGAAAGAUUGGGGAAGAAUGAGAUUAAAACAACUUAAAAAUAUAGAAACGACAUCGUCGGCAUCAGUGAAGCUUAGAGAUAAAGGAAGAGUUGGAUUGGCUAGAAGAAAAUGGGAUAAGGACGAACCGGUGCAUUCUUCGUCUGGAAAUUGGUCAGCGAGUUCAGAGAGUGGACAGUCUACUUCGACUAGUCACAUACCAAGGUCUAGCGUUAGCAGUUGCAGCGGAAGCACGAAGCCGACUUACCACGGGGGAAGUUCGGUGACCAGCGACGAAGGCGAAACCGGUUCCACGUACUCGUGCGACACCGAGGGCUACUACACGUCGUUCCACGUGGACAGCGGCCUGAAGACGCUCAGAGAGGAGGACCCGCCGCAACCGAUGUCAGCGUUGCACUCCACGUCGGCCCUCACGCCCAGUUUCCAGUCGUCGUCGGCCGAGAGCGAGUACGACGUUUUCGGACGGGGCAGCACGUCGACCACCGCCAGUUCGGCCGGCACGGUGUGUACGUCGCUGAUGGUGUCGCCGCCCAACGUGCCGGAAAGGGGCGGCAGCAAGCUGUCCGAACGGUCGGCGGACAUAGCGUACGGCGGCUCGCUGCCCGACCGGAACAACGCGCACGGCCCCAGGGACCCGAUGGCGUUGUACGACAAGUCGAAAACGGCGCCGUCCCGGCUGACCAAGGAGAACGUGACCAGGUACAAGGAGGAGGGUCUGAUGAUCGACGUCAAGCCCAGGCCGUGCCUGGAACACGGCGGCGGCGAUUCGCCGGACAGCGGGCACAACACGUGCAGCUCGCCGGUGGACUCGGUGACGAACCCGUCCGUCGACCUGGAGAUGUCCGAGUGUUCCGACCUGGAAGGCGUCGACCGGGUGGAGAGGCUCCGGGUCAAGACCACCAUCAACACCAGCCGCAUACCGUCGAUGUGCGUCAUCACGCCGCCGAUAAGCGACGACGAGGUGAGCCUGAAGACGACCGCCGUGAGGGCGAUCUUGUCGUCGGACUUGGACGAUUACGGCGAGUACGUGACGCUGGCGCACUACGCGAUACCCGAACCGGUGACGGUCAAGCAACCGGAAGAGGCGCUGUGCAAGGGGUUCGUGCACUUGGACGAGUUGCCCGCCGUCGGCACGUCGGAACGACAGAAGCCGGCUGGCGCCCGGGUAACGCUGAACGCCGAGGGCCGAGUCAUAUACACGUCGGACAGCUUGAAGCGCCGGAAGAAGACGCACACGGUCAACACGUUCGAACCCGGCCCGUGCGUGAACGCCAACGUCCGGUUGUUGCCGGUCAACGACAACAAAAACACCGUUUUGUCACAAGUCAUACCCCGUUCGCCUUUGAACGUCCGACCGGUGACCAAACAGCCGAACGGCGUCGGCGGCCUGCACGUGGUCGCGGCCAGGAAAGUGCAACCGGAACGCAACGCCGCCGCCACUGCCGCGCCCUCAGCCGUCCAGCAACUGAAACCCCUGGUGCCCAUACCGCUUCCGUGUUCCCCGGGUCAGAGGAGGUCGUCCAAGACGACGACCGCCGCCGGACUUCCGCUGACGGUGGCCGCGGCACUGGGCCGACACCGGUCCCCGCCGUCCCGGGUGGUCGUGUUGCCGGACAACGGCCGGCGUCCCGGCGACUCCGACGGCAAACCGGUGUCGCCACUGAUAUCGCCGACCCGGCGGAGUCUGUCGCCCAAAGAGGUGGUGCGGGGCGCGUACGUCCGGAUGCAAGACCCCACCGAGUGCCUGGAAACGAGCCUGGACGAGAUCAAGUCGGUGGUGAAACGCAGCGACAGUUACAGGCAGGCCAACGCCACCAGUCCCCGGCUGUUGGCCAAGUCGCCGAACAUGCUGAUGGCGCUGCAGAAGGCCCGCAGCGAGCAGACCACUCAAGAUACGAGCCGUGGUACGCCACCCACCUCGAUGUCGGCGGUCUGCAACGGCGACAACAGUGGUCGCGACCGCAGUGCCGGUCACGAACGGAACGUAUCGGCGUCCACGCCGGUGAAGAACGAUCGGAGCGCCGGCCGGAUCGACAUGAGCAGCAACAACAUAUCGCCGAUACGAGACUGCCGGGCGAGUCCGGCCGGAAGACCGCAGCUGCAGACUCAGCAACACCGGACGCCGGCGCUGCAGUCACCGCCCGGCGACGGACACCGGACGUCCGCGGUGCAGCAGCCGUACGUACGUCCGGCGUCCGGUCGGUCGGCCAUGGACCUGUACGCGGCCAUUCACGAGUCCAAAAAACGGCUGCUCGGCCAACAACCGGCGGCGGUGCCCGUCGCAGCCCCCGUACAAACGACACCUGUACAACAGCAGCAGCAUCAUCGAACACAACCGCAGAUCGCGGCCACGACGGCGGCGGCUGCGGUACGACGAUCGCCGGAACGUCAGUCGGACCGGUACAGGCCGCGCGGCGACGACCGAUCCGCCGCGAGGUACGACUUCAAACGGCUCCUGUUGCAGACCAACAUGGCGGGCGGCAGGCGAACGCAGCAAUCCGCGGUGGUCCGGCUUCAGCAACCGCCGCCGCCGACCAGGGCGGUCCACACUCCGGUGCCGCAGUUGCAUUCGACGGCUUCCGGCCACUUCAGGCGAACGCCUUCCGGUUCGUCGUUCCGCAAGUCCAACGUGCUGGCUUCGACCAUACAGGAAGACUGUCGCGAAGACGACGACGGACCGUCGGUCGUUCCCAAGUCCGCGGCGCUCGUCAGCCGCACGCUCAAAGGCCUGCAGGCCGCCGUUGCCGCCGCGCCCACGUGUUCCGCUCUGGAAACGUCCCUUUGACCGGUCUUUGCAAGCCGCGUAGUUGCUCUACACGUCAUCAGCUGCACUCUGAUCGCUCACGCUGCGGUUAACCUUUUGUGCGGACUGAUACGGAAAUUAUUCGCCUUUGAGAUAUUAUAUGUAUGCGGUAAUUGGCCAAGACCGACAUUUUUAAUUCACUUUACGAUUGCCGACUGUACUCGCGUCAAUACGUAUAAGUCGUACAUAUUAUAAACACAUAAAUUAAAUAGAACUUAUAAUAUAAUAUGUUAUUCAAUCUUCCUAUGAUGUAUAAAGAAUCGUCGUUUCAAAUGUUAUUUAAUUUAGACACUGUAUAUUAUAAUAGUAUAAGUACACACAUAUUAUGUUUAAGUACCUAGUUUAUAAUAUUGCGUAUAUACAUGUAAGCGUCUUCUAGUCUUUACAAAUCUACGAACUCGAGAGGGACACAAAACAGUGGCGAUUUGAUAAAUUUAAUUUUUUAUUAUUAAUGUUGGUAAUAUUAUUUAUUUAUUUAGUUUUUUUUAUACAUAAGAAAAAAUAUUUUCGUACUUACAAACGUCGCAGAGUGAAAGUCCGUUAUAUCAUUUAUAUCAACCCUAAUUCAUUAUUUUACAAAGUAAUAAAAUUAAUUUAAAAUUAAUUGAAGUCAAACCUAUUUUCUACUGUCUUCGCAAAAUAGCGAAUAAUUAAUACAAUGACGUGUCAUUAUUUACUUCCUAAAUAUUAACUAUUAUAAUCGACUCAGAUAUUUAGGAAAUUCAUCCAUUAAAAAAACUUUAAUUUUAAAUAUAAAUUAUGUACUUAAAACUUUUUUUUCAUUUUAUAUACCUGCCGACCUAAUGUAAAUAUUCGUGAUCAAAUGUACGAGGUUGCCCUCGAGGUUAUUUUUAUAUAAUACAUAUUAUUACAUUAAAAUUUAUGGUACACAAUACACCUAAGAAAUGUGGAUUCAUUGUACCCAAGUACCUAUGCAUUUAAUGUUUUUAUAUUUUAAUUUAUUCAGAAAAUAAUACAAAUAAAAUAAAACGAAAAUAUUUUAAUUACUUACUGCAGACUUUAGAAGAUUCAAAAUGUUACUAUUUGUUAUUUGUUUGCAAAUAUAUGAUAAUUUUAAAGAAUUGA